AUGGCUUGGGACUACGGGAGGCGGGGAGUCGCAGGUUCCGCCCGGGCAGUUUGUGCCGUCGACAAGGUGCCGAGCUUCACUCUCUGGACCCUGUCGGACUCGAACCGCUUCGAUCGGAACAACUUGAUCGCGUGGAUCGGUAACACGAAUCGAUUCACAUUUUCUAUCCCUUCAGUUUGCCCUUAUUACCAGAUCGGUGGAGCCGAAUCUAAGUAUGAUGACAACUCCUUCCACCUCUGUCUUGGGUUGGCAUGCUGGCCGUUGAUGGCCGCCUUGCAGCUGCAGUUAUUGGAAGAACGCACGAGUUGCUCCGGCAGGUGCAUGAUUAUCAAGAAUCAGCUCUUGAUUAAGGGAACUCCUGUUUUCAGCCCUCACCGUUUCUGGGCCGAGAUGCUCUUUACUUCUAACUUUCUGAUACUUGAUGUACGAUGUAGAGAUGGGAAAGAGACAGAAGCAGGGACGGAGAACAAAGGCGAAGAGACAAAGAAAAGGGAUAAGAGCAGAUACAGUCAAGGGCAUUAA